UUGACGGCGACAACAGAGUUUGGAGAGAUGAGAAAGGAAUAGGAAACAUUGUCUUCCGUAAUUCCUUUCCUUUUCCUCUCUUUCCUCUAUGUGUGUGUGUGUGUGAUCUAAUGGUUUCCCUCUUCCCGCGUAAAACCGAAUUGUGGUGUCGUUGUUGUUCCAUGACGACGUCGUUUUUGAACGGGGAAAGAGCGGUGGUGCUCUUGUUCAUCUCCACGAUCCUCUUCUCCCUCCCUCUCUCUCUCCUCUUCCAUGGCGUCUCUCUCUCUCUUCUCACCCUCGCCUCCUUCUUUCUCGAGAUUUCCUUCGACAAUUCGAAUUCUCCUUCUCUUUUUCGCACCAGACCGGGUGCUUCCUCGGGUAUUCUUCUCGGCGCCGUCACUCUCCCUUCUCUUCUUCUCUCUAAAUUGGUGCAGUUAUCGCGGGGACUCUCGCUCGCUCAACUUCAACUUCAAGAGAUUCAAUAUCUGACAUUGCAAUACUGGGCCACAUCUGCCAGCGCCUGCAGCGUUGUUUUGUUCCUCGCCUUUGCUCAACGGCGUUCUCCUUUAACCCCUUCUCAUUGGGUUGUAAGGUUUAGCUUGUGUUCCAUUUUCUUUCAAGCUCUUGUCAGUGUUGCUGCCCUAGCUACAACUUCUCAAAUUGGCUUGCAUCCGGCACUGAAGCUUUCUUGGGUCUUUUGUCAUGGAUUGGCAUCUGUGAUUCUAAUUUGGCAUUUCCUCAGAACUUUUCCAUCUUGUGCUUCCAUUGGGGAAGCAUUUUUGGUGACUGCUGGUAUUGUUCUCUAUUUUGGUGACAUGCUGUUGCUUACUAUUAAAAAGCUAUGUGGACUAUUGGUGUCAACAAAAUUGGUUACUGCAGAACAUGAACUAAGGCGAAGUGAGAUAAGCAUUAUAAUUCAGGGGCUUGUGCUUGGUCUUUUGCUGUAUCCAGUAGCUUUGAAAUAUAUUCUCCAAAUAUGGGAGUGGUCAAUAAAUACAGCUUCUGCUGAAGGAAGAAGAUACACUGAAGUUGGGAGAUCUAUUAUCUUUAUUGCUUCCCUUGGAUUUGUCCUGAUUGUGAUUGUACCAUCAUGGAUGCAGUUUGUGCAGGAAUUUCACGUGCACCCUUUUUUCUGGGUACUUUCCUUUGUUUUCUCGGAGCCAUCCAAAAGACUGUCUUUAUGUAUCUAUUGGGUGUGUAUAAUUUGUGUUUCGGUCUUGCGAUUCUAUAACAUCUCCAAGAAGAGUAAGAUUGAGAGGAUUCUUUUGCGGAAAUACUACCAUCUUAUGGCUGUCUCAAUGUUUUUACCUGCCCUUAUCUUCCAGCCAAAAUUUCUUGAUCUAGCCUUUGGUGCGGCUUUGGCAGUUUUCUUGACAUUAGAAAUUAUUCGAGUUUGGAGAAUCUGGCCUUUGGGACAACCAAUAAAUCAAUUUAUGAAUGCAUUCACUGAUCACCGUGACUCUGAUCUUCUCAUUGUUAGCCAUUUCUCACUUUUACUGGGAUGUGCACUUCCAAUUUGGAUGUCUUCUGGGUACAAUGAUCGACCUCUUGCUCCUUUUGCAGGAAUUUUGAGUCUAGGAAUUGGAGACACAAUGGCAUCAAUGGUCGGGCACAAGUAUGGUGUUUUGAGGUGGAGUAAAACUGGCAAGAAAACAGUUGAAGGUACUGCAGCUGGUAUAACUUCCGUACUUGCUGCUUGCUCUUUACUCCUUCCGCUUUUAGCAUCGACGGGAUACAUUCUCACUCAGCAUUGGUUCUCUCUACUUCUAGCUGUGACUGUAAGUGGUUUGUUGGAGGCCUACACUGCACAACUUGACAACGCAUUCAUACCACUGUUUUUCUAUAGUCUUCUCUGUUUGUAGGCGCAGCUUUUCCUCUUCCAAAACGAAGUUACCUUGAUUGAGGAACGACGGGUGCAAAUACGUGGCCUCUCUGGGCACAUCGUUUUUGCAGAGGUCAGAUAACUAUUAACCAACGCAAUUAUACGUGACAAUUUAGGGUUGAUCUACAUAGUUAGGAUUGUAUCUCUACAGAAAUGAUAGGUAUACGAGUGUCCAUUGUAUGUAUGCAGGAGUGACACUUUCCCAUUUUUAUGAAAUCAAAGAUUUGUGAGGCGAGAUAAGAGAGAUUGUAAAGAAAUUUUUAAUAUCUGUCAUUUUUCACACUUAUACACUGUCUUUCGUUUUUG